UCGCCCGGGACCAAGCUCGUGCAGCCGCAACGGACAGGAUCCCAAGACUCGACUGCAGAUGGAAUUCGAAAACGAGUCGGCAAAGCUUGCGACCGUUGUCGAAUGAAGAAAAGCAGAUGUGACGGGUCACAACCAUGUCUACGAUGCAAAGCCGACAAUACAAUCUGCGUGUUCGGCGAGCGAAAACGAUCACACGACAAAGUGUACCCCAAAGGCUAUGUAGAGAUGCUUGAACAGCAACAGUCGCAGCUCGUAUCAGGUCUGCAGGAAUUGUACAAACGUCUCCGUGACGUUGAGCAGUGGGAUGGCGCUGUUCUCACGGAAGUCGAGGGCCGCCCUCUGACUCACGACAUUUUAGCAUCCCUGCGUCUGCUUGAAACCAAGCACGACGGCGACAUUGAGGCCUUUGAGGAGAAUGUAGAAAAGCUCCAAGCACGGCUGCUGGCGUCAGGUGCGGGCUUCACGCGCCGCCGAGGCUCCAUCAGCUCCGAGUCAGAGCAGAGCCAACAUGGUCAUGCAAGGUCAGCGUCACGGGAUGCACCCACCGCCUCGAAACCCGCGCGCUCAACGACGACCCCGUCGGUCUUUGGCUCGUCGUCCAUGGCGGGCCCCGCCCCUGUGCAAGUGCAGGCCCAACCGCAGAGGCCCACCCUCCUAGCCUCUAACGAUUCGCAAAUGUCACAAUUCUCCCAAAUAUCGCAAAUGUCGCCACUCAGUGGCGACCCGCAAUUUUAUGAGGCCGAAUGGGCCUUUCCG